GCGCGCGCGGGGCGGGGCGACCAGGUGGUAUUUAGCUCUGGGCGGCAGCGCGGCGAGUGCUGUUGCUCGACUCGCCGGUCCCUGCGCCCGUCUCCGCGCUGCUCGGUUUCUGUUCUAGGAGGAAAAAAUGGCAUCUGUUGCAGUUGAUCCACCACUGAGUGUGGUGUCUAGGGUGGCCAACCUGCCCUUGGUGAGCUCCACCUACGACCUGGUGUCCUCUGCAUAUGUCAGUACAAAGGACCAGUAUCCCUAUUUGAAAUCUGUGUGUGAGAUGGCAGAGAAGGGUGUGAAGACCGUGACCUCAGUGGCUGCAACAAGUGCUCUGCCCCUCAUCCACAAGCUGGAGCCACAGAUUGCGGUUGCCAAUAGCUAUGCCUGUAAGGGGCUGGACAGGAUUGAGGAGAGACUGCCGAUUUUGAAUCAGCCAACAUCUGAGAUUGUUGCCAGUGCCAGAGGUGCUAUGACUGGGGCAAAAGAUGCAGUGACGACUACUGUGACCGGGGCCAAGGAUUCUGUAGCCAGCACGAUCACAGGGAUGGUAGGCAGGACCAAAGGAGCAGUUACUGGCAGUGUGGAGAGGACCAAGUCUGUGGUCAAUGGCAGCAUCAACACAGUUUUGGGAAGUCGGAUGGUGCAGCUUGUGAGCAGUGGAGUAGAAAAUGCACUCGCCAAAUCAGAACUGCUGGUAGACCAGUACCUCCCUCUCACCCAGGAAGAGCUAGAAAAAGAAGCCAAAAAAGUGGAAGGAUUUGACAUGGUUCAGAAGCCAAGUUAUUACGUUAGGCUGGGAUCCCUGUCUACCAAGCUCCGCUCUCGUGCCUACCAGCAGGCUCUCAGCAGGGUUAAAGAUGCCAAGCAAAAAAGCCAAGAGACCAUUUCUCAGCUUCAUUCUACUGUUCAUCUGAUUGAAUUUGCUAGGAAGAAUGUGCAUAAUGCUAACCUGAAAAUUCAGGAUGCUCAGGAUAAGCUCUAUGUCUCUUGGGUGGAGUGGAAGAACAACAUUGGCCAUGAUGAUACUGACGAAUCCCACUGUGCUGAGCACAUUGAGUCACGUACUCUGGCAAUUGCCCGCAACCUGACUCAGCAGCUCCAGACUACAUGCCAGAUGCUUCUGUCCAACAUCCAAGGGUUACCACAGAACAUCCAAGAUCAGGCCAGCCACUUGGGGGUGAUGGCUGGGGAUAUCUACUCAGUGUUCCUCAAUGCUGCCUCCUUUAAGGAAGUGUCUGACAGCUUCCUCACUUCUAGCAAGGGGCAGCUGCAGAAAAUGAAGGAAUCCUUAGAUGAUGUGAUGGAUUAUCUUGUUAACAACACACCUCUCAACUGGCUGGUAGGUCCCUUUUAUCCUCAGAGUGCGGAAGUGGGUAAGACCAGCCAGGAAGCCCAGCAGCCUGAUCUCAAAACUCCUUAAACCUUGCCCAGUCAGUAGUGCAUGAUGUAGCCAGCCAGAUGACACCAUUUGCUAUAUUGAAAUUAAGCUGCUAGACGGCUUUAGAUUGGAAAAACAGCUAGUUCAAACAAAGGUCUUCACUGUAGUCAUUCCCAGCUGAACUAAGGGCUGUAGAGAUUCUGGCAUUGGCAGAUGAUCCUGUUGAGCUGGCUGGUAAGUGAAGCUAGGUUUGUCAGAUCCUAGCCCGAACUUAAAAAGUUGAAGUGCUCUUACAGUCUUUUCGGUGGUCUCUGUGUUAAUGAGUGUCCAGUGUUCGUACUGAAUAAAGAUCUCUUCAUGUGGGUUGGUUCUGCUCCACUGUUCUGAAGGGUCUGAGCACCCUUCAUUAUUUGUUUAUUUCCUGACACAUGCUUGUACAACUUGAAUUUUUUUUGAAUUCCUUAUGAAGAAUUGCCACCUUUGAAUUCAAUAAAAUUCACAACAAUAGAGUACUUUUA